AUGUCAGAUCUUGUAGGUGGGGCAGGAAUGAGCGGGCGGAGUCAAAAUGGAAGCGGACUCGGUCCCGUACCGGCUCCUCCACCUAUAGGCGGCGAAGGCGGCAGAGCUACACCGCCGACAGAGAUUAUGGCGAGGCGACGAGCUCGCGAGGCGAAGAGACGGGAAGAGAACGAGCGCCGAAGACGAGAGGAUGCCGAGGCUCGAGAACGAGCUUUGGAGCGAACUACUGUGGUACAAGAUGAUGGACCUGGCGCUGCUGGCGGACCGAGCAACAGAAGAUCUGGCAGGACAUCCAUUGUGGAUCCAACGGGACAGUCCGUGCAGCCAGAACGAAGACUGGGAGACAGAACAAGUGCCGGUAGUGAAAGAGGUGGUGAUCCAGCAGGAGCACGUACCUCGAGAGUGAUGAGCGAGGACCCCACACAACAAAGAAUCCGUCCGCCUUCAGGUCAGACAAGACCAGCAGAGCCAAUUAGAACCCAAAUCCCAGUAGGGGUACAACCUCUUACCUCUGACAAUCCAGCAUCACAAACGAGGCAGACAUCAAGACCCACCAGAGCGUCACAAACCCGUGGCGAUCGACCAGCAAGUGGAGCAUCUGCUCAACCCCAGGGUGCCGCCGACCAGACUCCGAGGAGUAACGCAUCAUCCUUUCCGCAUGCAUUCGAGAGGUGGGAGCAGCUUUCUUCCCACUGGGAGGGUUUGACAUCUUACUGGAUACACCGCAUCGAGCAAAAUAAAGAUGACCUGAAUCGCGAACCACUAAACCAGCAAAUGGCUCGCCAGGUUACUGACUUGUCUGCAGCUGGAGCAAAUCUGUUUCAUGCUGUCGUCGAGCUGCAACGACUCCGUGCUUCAUCGGAGAGGAAGUUCCAACGUUGGUUCUUUGAGACAAGAGCAGAACAAGAGCGAGCCCGCGAAACUCAAGCCAAGCUUGAAGAACAAUUGAGAACCGAGAGGCAGGCCCGCACAGAAAAUGUGACUAGCUCGGCACGUUAUGAGAACGACAUUAGGCAAGCUCUGGCGGCAAGGCAUUUGGCAGACACACAAGUCCGAGAGGUCAGGCGAGAGCUUACCAUCUCCAAAGACGAGGCACGCCGAGCGUGGGAGGAGCUUGGUCGACGAGAGCAAGAGGAGCGCGAUCGAAUGAUGUCUCUAAAAGCCGGGCGGACCACUUAUGUUGGCGGUGUUGAGGUAGUGCCAAUGCUCCAGAACACAAGUAGGCCAGGCACACAGCCUUCGACAAGAGAUAGUCAAGCCAGGGCCCUGUCUGGCUAUGACAGCCGAUCGAAUGAGCCAGUCUAUGGAUACGAUGCAGCAAGAAAUGAUCCCAUUCCACCGAUACCGGCAGCUCAGGGAUACCAGCAGACCUCGAAUACAUCGUCCGCCGCGUUGCAAGCAGCACAAGCGGCUUCAGCCCCAACAUCUCAAGGCCAAUCACAGGGUAUCCGUACGACAACUACCACGACAACAAUGCCGAGUGGGGGAACGUAUCUAUCUUACUCCAAUGGCGACACGUAUGCAAGGCAGCCGCCUGCUACCUUUUAUCAGCAUGAGGGCACAACCAUUCAUCCGGAAGGACGAGCCGCCAGUAUCGUGGAAGGCGACGAGCGCUCCUACGUCCCUUCGGUGUCCCCAUCCGUGAGCGAGGUGGAUUACGAUCUGGACGAGAAUGGUGAGGUUCGGCGUGAUGCAACUGGCAAUCCUAUAGUGUCCAGACGUGGCCUCGGAUCUGAGGACAGUGACGAGUAUAAUGUCGAAUCCCAGGUUGAACGAGAACGUCAGUAUGGUCAAACGUAUGGCUCACCCAUGUCCGGCGUGGAGUAUGGCUCUGGACCCACGACGACUGCUCCAGCAGACUAUGAAGGUAGAGGCUACGGAACAGGGUUUGAGUCCACCCCGCAUCAUCAUCCUACCCGCCUGAGCGAUGUUCCUGAGGAAGACGAGAGAAGCAGAACGAGUUUGAGUCGGGCUAGUCAGCAUAGCCGAGGUUUGAGAUAG